UGAAAAACGCCAAUGCCAACGCAAUGUUUGUUUUGUUUCGAUAUUCUAACUUUGAAACUUAUUUCUUUUCAUAAGAAAUUUAAGAAACUAAAACGCAAUAAAAUCACGGUAACAUAUAUUAAAAAUUGCAUAAUAAUCAAGUAUAAGAUAAGGCCUAAAUGCCCCACGCCAUGGCGAGUUUAGCGACAAAAAACUUCGUUUUACUGACAAGAUUUGCUAAAACUGUGUCCAAUGGGUCAAAACGGCUAUCCUCACAUUUUAUUUACUAUCCUGACAAUGAAAAACCGGUCGAAGGUGAGACGGCAAAAAUGAACAUGAUGCAUGCCAUUAAUAAUGCCAUGGACAUCACACUGAAGCAGGACUCCUCGGCUGUAUUGUUUGGGGAGGAUGUGGGCUUCGGUGGAGUUUUCCGCUGUGCACUUGGCUUACAGGAGAAAUAUGGCAAGGAUCGCGUGUUCAACACCCCACUAUGUGAGCAGGGUAUUGCAGGAUUUGGAAUAGGGCUCGCCACAGCCGGGGCCACUGCCAUAGCAGAGAUACAAUUUGCUGACUACAUCUUUCCCGCUUUUGAUCAGCUAGUAAACGAAGCAGCUAAAUACCGCUACCGCUCGGGAGGCCAGUUUGAGUGCGGAGGGCUGACGGUGCGCGCGCCGUGCGCCGCAGUGGGGCACGGCGGCCUGUACCACUCGCAGAGCCCUGAGGCAUUUUUCGCGCACGCUGCUGGACUAAGGGUUGUAGUCCCCCGCGGCCCCAUCGCGGCCAAAGGCUUGCUAUUGUCCUGCCUGCGCUCGCGCGACCCCUGCGUGUUCCUGGAGCCCAAGAUCCUGUACCGCUCCGCUACGGAGGACGUGCCCGUGGAAGACUACACUUUACCGCUAGGACAGGCCCAGCUCCUGAGAGAAGGUUCAGAAGUGACCCUCAUAGGCUGGGGCACGCAAGUGCACGUGCUGCUGGAGGUGGCCGAUGCAGCUCGCGACCAGCUCGGCGCGAGCUGCGACGUCAUCGAUCUGCAGUCCAUCCUGCCCUGGGACCAGGACACCGUCUGCAACUCGGUGAAGAAGACUGGCCGUUGCCUGAUAUCUCACGAGGCGCCUCUUACUUCAGGUUUCGGCGCCGAAUUAGCUGCCACCAUACAGAAGGAAUGCUUCCUGCACCUGGAGGCGCCCGUGUCCCGCGCGGCGGGCUGGGACGCGCCCUUCCCGCACGCCUUCGAGGCGCUGCACCUGCCCGACAAGUGGAGGUGCUUCGGUGCCCUUAAGCAAUUGCUAGAUUACUGACCUGCCAACAAAAAUAUUAACCCUUGCAUCAUCCCACUGACCCGAGGUUAACCUUAACCGGUUAACUCGGUGUCGAAUUGUAUUGGUAACCAUGGUAACUCCGGGUUUAACCGGUUAACCCCGGGUUAAUGGCACGGUGCAAGUGGCCCUUAUCCAGCCCGACAGUUCAAAAAUAACAAUUGAGUAUCAGUCUUAUUGGUCUUACUCAUUGGGAAUAGAACACAAGUUUGAAGUGCCGUAUGUGGGAAAUAUAUCUCCCUCAGGCUGGGAAAAAGUUAGCUUGUGAAAGUUCCUUACAUUCCAGUGCCUUGGGAGCGGGUUGUUGAAUAUAAGUCGUUUUAAUUUUAUAAGGAUCAUUCUGUUGUACAAAUGUGUUUUUUUUUUAUAAAUAUAUGUAUAUUUGAUCGUU